AUGACAUCCACGGCAGGUCGUCUGGCCCAUCAGCAGCAGAGACAGCGGGGCAUCGGCACCAAGCAGCACGCUGUGAAGUUCUCCCAGCAGGAUUAUGAGAGUCUGAGGCAGCAGUGUCUGGAGAGUGGACGUCUCUUUGAGGACCCAUGCUUCCCAGCCGAGCGGAGAUCUCUGGGCUACGACAAACUGGGGCCGUACUCGCCCCUGACCAGGAGUGUUGUCUGGAAAAGACCUACAGUAAGUCACUCAGAACUCAGAACUCAGAAGGGGUUUUAUUGCCAUUGUCGAUGAACAGGAUUCACAGACUAGGAAUUUGUUUUGGCAUCUUUUGUUUCCAUCACACAGCGAUGGAAACAAAAGAUGACACCAGAGAAAUGUCAGAUAGUUUGGGAUCUUCCUCCUGCUGUACAUGUAUAAUUUUUUGUAAGAUAACUGCAUGCAACAUGCACUAAGUUUGCAUCAGGGUUAGAGAAAAAAGGUUGUUUUUUUUAAUCUUUCCCUUAACUAUCAGGUGAGAAUUGUUUUUACUUUAUUCACCUGUGCAAUCUUCUAACUUUGCAUGAAUUUUAGCAGUCUGUCUCACCUGUGAUCUUCGUUUGAGCUGCUGUGUGAUUAAAACAAAGCUGAUUUACAUAAGAAAGGUUAAACAAAUAGUCUGAAGCUGCUUUGAUAUAGAAGAUUUGAAACUAAGAAGAACCUGAGCGACCAAAUAGAGGACGGUAAAGAUUAAAUAGGCAAUGAACACAUGAAACAAAAGGACAUAACCGCCAGCCAAAAAGAGUUCAACCCUCCCAGGUUGUGUAAAAACCAUAAACUGAGACAUCUGUCCAGUAUCAAGAAUAUUUUUAUACCCCUGAGGUGGAGAGAGCAGAGAUUUAUCUUUGUGUCUUUUAAUUUACAAUAAUUACAAUAUGAUAGAUAAAUGCUCGCGACAAAUAGAGUCUCCAUAAAGAUUCUAUGAACUACAUGGGUGUGGCAUUUCAAAGAGGUUUCAAGUACGGAAGCCCUGAGGGUCAAAUGCAUUAACAUUAACAUUAUAAAAAAAAAACGCCCUCUGUGUUUGCUGAUGCGCUUUACAUCAAAAACAAUCUAACGUAAGAAAAACACCUUCUGUUUAUUCCUGACACUUCUUGAUCACCGACCAAUCAGGAUCAAAACGGGGCGGGACUUCUGACAAGUUCUUAGUCAGCCACACUUGUCUGUUGAAUGGAUUCUUGUUUUAAUUCUCAAUAACUGUACAACACUCAUCGAACUAUCAGGUUCCUGGGUGUCAGAGUUUCAUAAGAGUUAACAACUCAUCAAUACUUCAACGUUUCCCGGCUCAUACAACAGAAAGUCAUUAAAUUUUAAGGCUGCACUCAGAACUGAAUAAUGUUCACCUCUUUUCUGUGUUUGUUUCCUUUUUUUAGGAGCUGUGUUCAGACCCAAAGUUCACUGAUAAGGGAGCCACAAGGUUGGACAUUUGCCAAGGAGCUCUGGGUAAGACAGAAAAAAACACAGACAGAUGAAUAACGAGGUUAUCUUUGCUUUUAACCACAGAAUCUCUAAGCCAAACCCUCUUUCUAUCUUCCUUCACACUUCAGAAGUUACCUCAGAGACUGUUUGUUUGCAGCACCAUGAUGAACGCCACAUUUUACCCUGUCUAAAGGAUUAACUCUGCUCCACCUGUACAGGUGACUGCUGGCUCCUGGCUGCUAUAUCGUCUUUGACUUUGGACCAGCGGAUCCUGGCUCGGGUGGUUCCUCCUGGACAGAGUUUCACUGAAGGUUAUGCCGGGAUUUUUCACUUCCAGGUCAGACAGAGAGCUCUGAUGAUGAGAGCUGUUUUCUAACUAAAACUGAUUUGUUUUUCAUGCAACGACUAAUCAAAAUAAAGUUUUUAUUUCAGUGAAAACUUGCAAACUAUUAAAGAAAGUCUAAAAUACUCAAGUAUACAUUUAAGGCCUCAUAAGACAAGAAUUGUAACACCAUCAUUGCUAAAAAGGCCCACACAAAAAUGUUAAUAACUCCUGAACCUCGAUGGAUAAAGUUUUUUCUUAUGACGCUUUUUGUCACCAGCUGAUCAGAAUAACAGAUAUGAUAUUUACAUCGUCAGCGUUGCCUGCAGAUGAUUUGACUCCCCGUGCUCUGUAAAGUCUUUGGAUUUUGAGUUUAUCUAUUGUUGUUUUUUCCCCGUAGUUCUGGCAGUUUGGUGAGUGGGUGGAUGUGGUGGUGGACGACCGCCUGCCGACCAAAGAUGGAGAGCUGCUGUUUGUCCACUCAGCAGAGGGCUCUGAGUUCUGGAGCGCCCUGCUGGAGAAGGCCUACGCUAAGUAUGGACCAUCCUUGUCUAUUUUUUGUUAAGUUUAAAUAUCAGCUGUGUGAAAAUAUCUGUGUGUGUGUGUGUGUGUGUGUGUGUGUGUGUGUGUGUGUGUGUGUGUGUGUGUGUGUGUGUGUGUGUGUGUGUGUGUGUGUGUGGAUGACAGGGUAAACAGCUGCUACGAGGCCCUGACAGGAGGACAAUCAGUCGAGGGUUUUGAGGAUUUCACAGGAGGGAUCGCAGAAGUUUACGAGUUAUUGGAAAUUCCACCAAAGCUUUUCCACAUCAUGCAGAGAGCCCUGAAGCUCGGCUCAAUGCUGGGCUGCAGUAUCAGUGUAAGGCUUAUUUUCAAACUGGUAUGCAAAAAAAAAACACCCACAGUCACACAGGUCUGAUAUCUGUAUCUUUAAAUCUGCGUUUUGGAUGUUUUCAGACCUCUGGUUUUCAUGUGGAGUCUGUGACAGCUCGUAAACUUGUCAGAGGUCAUGCAUACUCAGUCACCGGUGCAGAAGAGGUACCACCUCAUCCUAACAUUAAAUAUUUUGCUGUCCUGUCUUGAUAAUUUAAUGUCAAUCACAAUGCAAACUCCUUCCCUUUUCUCUAAGGUUGAUUUUAAAGGUGAGCCGAUUCAGCUGAUCCGUGUUAGAAACCCCUGGGGAGAGGUGGAGUGGACCGGGCCGUGGAGUGAUGGGUAAAUAAUGACAAGGUCCCAUUAUCACAUACUUAAUGAUAAUUUUUGUGACUUUCUUUUAAGAAUAUUUAAAUAAUUAUAAAUCCAAAUCAGAUCCAGAGAGUGGGAUUAUGUCAGUGAGGGGGACAAAGCAAAGCUGAACCAUGUGGCUGAAGAUGGAGAGUUCUGGUGAGUCACUUUUCUUAAAACUUUCACUCAUAUUGAGGUUAAUAUUUUCCUUGGUUUGGUCUUUGUACGGUAAAGCUUUGUAAUACUGAGUACCAUCGAAAAUAAACACAAUUCUUUGUAGAGAUAGUGUUCAUAAAUCCCACAAAAACCAAACACGUUUUUACAGCUCAGUUUUUCACCCAACAAAUGAAGGGCUGUGCUGCCAUCUGGUGGUGAAAAUACGUCACGACAAGCAAAUCUAAAAUAUACUGAGAAACAUCUUAUAGUUUACACUCAGCAAAUUACAAUUCAACAGACUUUCCAGACAUUUAACAUUUCACACCUGCAACACGGGACAAGAGCAGAAACCCACAGUAAAUCACGGAGGACGAAAAACCGGUCAGUCGUCUGUUCCCGCGCGACUCAAUGGCUGAACGUAACAGGCACGUACGCCGCUUAGCCGUUAGCAGCUAGCUUACCGGUUCUCUAUCUCAUAUUUAAUGAAAUUCCAUUCAGAGCAAAAAAAACACUGAUUUAUACAAAUAUAUCAUCAGAUAAACAUCGUGAGCAAUAUAAACUACAGUUCUGAAUCAGUUUAUAUCCACAGGAACAGAGUACAGACUUACCACAGUAUCAAAACUUUCAUGUUUGUGACAUUAGCAAAAACGCAUAGUAGGGGAGACCGGGGCUUGUUGUCACACUGCAAUUAUUAUCUUUGGCAACAGAGGGUGCAACUAAAAAGUGGAAUACUAGUUUUUUUCCUUUACAUGGUCAGGGGUCAUGUCCUACCUAAGAGAAGAGCACAUUGUGAGCUGAGAUGAACGCCAAUUCACCAUUUCACACAACCCAAAGUAAAAAAAUUAACUUUAUAUAUUUUAAGAUAAGCUUCUUCCAGAUAAAAAUCCUAGCAGUGAAACGUGGACUUGUUCGAGGAGAGAUUAAGUCAUCCUGUUAUACCUCAGUCAUUGUUCUGUUUUAAGCUAAGCUAAGCUUGAGCUUUAAUUAGCAAACAUAGUUGUUUGGGGCAACAUGUCUCAGUCAUUUUGGGGUUAGUUACCACAUGUUUAAAAGGGAUUAACUUUGGUCUUUCAUCUGGUACACAUUUUGUUUCUAUAUGAUGUAUUGAUACCAAGAAAUAUAUAAGAAUGUAAAUGCGCUGUGUGACAGAGUACAAUACAGUUUUCCUCUGUGGACUUUAAAAUAAAAGGCAAACAACAAAUGAACGAUGGUGUCAGUCCUGAGUGCAAUGAGAAUUUCACAGUAAGCAUUAGUGAAAUAUUUGCAUUGCUUCACAUAGGCCUUUAAUAGUGUGUGUUACAGAAAUGUCCAUGUAAACUGUCCUGUUGAUGUAUAAUGCGAGAUAGUCUUUAAGAGAGUAUAUAACUGUCUUUCUUUCAGGAUGUCCUUUUCAGAUUUCACCAAGCAGUUCUCAGAGCUGCAGAUCUGUAACCUGACCCCAGACACCUUCCUGAGUGAUGAUGUGGGUCACUGGAAUGAGUACCAGUUUGAGGGGAUAUGGAGGGUCGGCUCCACAGCUGGAGGCUGCCGCAACAACCGAGGUAAGAUUAAUAUAAGGUCUAUUCAAGGUCAAGGGUAUUAUAAUAACAAUACUAUCCUGAAAUAAGAGUGAAACUGUUCUGUGUUCCAGCCACGUUUUCAUCCAACCCUCAGUUUGUGGUGCGUCUGGAGGACGUGGACGAUGAUCCUCUGGACGACGAGGAGGGCUGCACCUUCCUGGUUGGGCUAAUGCAGAAAGAUAGACGCAGAGAAAUGAGGAAUCGCCGCAGCUUUGAGAUGAUUGGCUUUUCUAUCUAUAAGGUGUCCCAGUAUAGUUUCAGAGUUCAUCCUCAAAAUCAGUCCUUUAUCUGUGAUAUUUUUUAAAGUGACUUUUAACAACUCGUCCCCUUUUUCCCGUUACACAGGUCCCGGAUCAGGUGUGUGAUGAAACCUCUACAUCCCCAAAAUUAAACUUUUACCUAAAACUUGAACUAUAAAUCCCCAUUUUGAUAAUAAAUGUUUUUUUAUUUCUGUUUUUCUUCAGCUGAAGGGCCACAGUAACGUCCAUCUGGGACCUGAAAUCCUGCUGCACCAGCUCUCUGUGGCCUCAGUCAAGACCUUCGUCAACAAGAGGGAAGUGUGCCAGCGCUUUAAACUUCCCCCAGGAGAAUAUGCCAUAAUUCCCUCCACCUUCGAGCCUCAUAGAAACUGCAGCUUUGUCCUCAGAGUGUUUUCAGAGAAAAAGGCGGCAACCAGGUACCUGUAAUCAAAUACCAAAGUCCCACCCAACCCCCUACUAUUAUACAACAUCUACACAAGUGUAUGCCAACUGUUACUCAUUGUUAACAUCAAAUUAUACUGAGAUUGUGCUCUGAAAGAUGUCCAAAACACCUGUGACUAGGUUGUAAAUAUAUUCAUUUGCAUUCACACAAAUCAAUUGGUGUAUUUCCACCUCUUGUACUUGGUUCUUCUUUCUCCUGUCAUUAUUGUCUGCAUUGUCAACAACGUCCACCUCCUUGUUUUGCCAGUGAGAAUCAGGCACAUUAGUGUACGGGCAUAAGGAUCAUUUUCUAAAAGCUGCUUCUUAAAGUUCCUCCUCUAAAGUUCCUGUACUUUAACUACCAACUCUAGAACGAAGAGAUUUUCUGUAAAGUCUGGUCAUGCACAAAUCUAACACUGGGAAAUUGGAACUUUUGGUCUCAGAACCAAAUAUUUUAUAGAGAUGAAAAGGUUUUGGCAGCACAUUGCUAUCUGCAGAAGACUUAUCAUGACUCAGGAGAUGACCCUGUUGUAUGGAUGUCUUUCUUCUGGAUACUGCAGGUACUUAACCAGAACUUUUUAGGGUUAGAACCAAGUCCCCUGAUUUUUAUCCAAACCUUUGUCUGAGCCACAUAAAUGCAAUGAGUGUCUCUGGAAGGAUUCCUUUGAUAGAAAUGUGUCAAGAAUGGCUCAGAGCAAGAGGACACAAAGGCAGACACUGAAGCAGAGGUCUAAAAAAGGGUUUAAUCAAAACCAGACAGAGGUCGGUACACGAGAGAUCAAUCCAGACAGGCAGAGAUAUCAAAAUCAGCAGGCAAAAAAGGCAACGUCCAAAAACAAGCAAGGUUCAGAACAUGAGAGGCUACAACUGUGAAGAAAGAGGAUUAUAAAGUGCAACAAACUGGCAACAAGACAGUGAGAGACAUGGGGUUAAAUACAAAAGGUAAUGAGGGCUGAUGAGGCACAGGUGAGGAGAAACAAUCAGGGAGCAGGUGUGACAGGACGGGGGCAAGGCAGACAGGAAGUAGAACAAGAACACAGAGACAAGGGUUAGAGAUUUCAAAAUAAAACAGGAAAGACAAACCAAACAUGAAUGUGCAAAAAAUAAAGACGACUUAACAGACAUGACAAAAUGAUUAUGCAUCAACUCAAAACUAAAGCGUCGUUUCCACCUGAAGAACCUAGAACUUUUAGUCUGAAGAUAUGAUUUUCAAGUCACAAAAAGGUUCGAUUUAAGUCUGAUGAUGGUUAGAAAAUUAUUCUGCUCGUGUGCAGUAAAUCCAAGUUUACAUGUUAGUUUCUCACAUACUGAACUUGUGCUUUUUAUCACAUUUUUCAGCCCAUUGGAGGAGGACAUUGAUGCUGAUAUAAAAGAGGUCAGAAAAUAGACAAAAAGAUGCAGACACUCUUUCUUUUCUUUCUUUCUUUCAAGAUUAACAUGAUUUGACAUAAAGUGGCUAAUCUGAGUCUUUCUCUCUCAGGAAGAGGAGAUAUCUGAGAGUGAAAUAGACCCUAAUUUCAAGUACCUCUUCCAACAGGUUGCUGGAAAUGUAAGUAAACAAUGAGAGAGCUGGAAAUUUAUUCACAUUGUCAGUUUAAACUCUAAUCCUGUUUCCCUUUUUAAAACAGGACAAAGAGGUUUCGGCGUCUGAACUGGUUAGGGUUUUGAACAACGCUGUCCGUCAGAGUGAGUAGAAAUAACUGAUGCAUGUGUUGACCUUUAAUCAAACUGGAGCUCAUUUGUUUUGUUGUCCGUCUCACAGGAUCUGAUGUCAAGACAGACGGGUUCAGCCUGCAGACAGGUCACCUCAUUGUCAGCCUGCUGGAUGUAUCCUCUUAUUUGUAUAUGAUCAAAAUUCAGCAGCACUGUCGUCAUAAUCUGUAUGAUAAAUAAGCCAGUGCAAUAAACAGGUCCGCAUGUUUAAUUCUGCUGUGGACUUUCACAUAUUAAUACAGGGCUCUAUUGGGAUUGACUCACUGACCUCAAGUGGUCGCUGGAGGAACUGCAGUUUUUGGCACUCUUUCAUUGGCUUCAUUACAACUGUAGAAUAAAGAUUAAAUAAGCUUUUUUUAAAACCUUAAUCGUCCUCAGAAAGAUGAAAGUGACAAACUGGGACUGAUGGAGUUCCACCUGCUUUGGGGCAAAAUCCAAAAAUACCUGGUGAGUUCUCAUCUUUAAGUGGUUUGUUGUCCAUUUUUAACACCUGUUUGUGCUUGAUAAUGUAACACGUGGAUACCUGGGUCUUAUAGGAGAUCUUCAGGAACCAUGACUCAGACAAUUCAGGCACCAUGAGCUCCCACGAGAUGAGAGGAGCUGCGACUGAAGCAGGUAACUGACCUCAUCGAUUUGCAACAGGUUGGUAACACAACUGAUAAAAGAUGAAGCCUGUUUAAGAUAGACCAGGGGGAGUGGAAAACUGCUCCUAAUUAUAAUCAUUUUUAAAAAAAAGUUCUCUGAUGAUUUGUAAACAUUGUUCUGAACUUUGUUGUGCAUUUUGAGGAAACAUCUGAGCAGAAUUACAGAUGGUUUUAAUUGUUUUUGUUGAGUCUGUGUGUGAAACAUGAAGCUGGUUUUUGGUUGACUGGAUAAUCCAGUUUGAGGACUCCCUCCUCCUGCUCUGCUCGUAGCUCAAUGUACACCUCACCAAAGGAGGAGAACAAGCAUGGGCGAGGCGGUGUAACUCAACUCUUCUAUUGUCAGUCACACGCUUUAAAAACUGAACCUCCCCAGGAUCAGAAAUAAUCUCCUGACCGUACGAGCUGAAAGAAAAAGACGUGGAGUGACUCAUGGUUGUUUUUCUUCUCCAGGUUUCCACAUCAACAGUGAGGUCCUGCAGACCAUUGUCAGCCGCUACGCUGAUGCUCAGUACGCCAUAGACUUCGACAGCUUUGUGGGCUGUCUUAUUAAACUGGAGAUGCUGUUCAGUGAGUGUCAGCAAACACAGAAUAACCUCACUGAAUCGAACACCGAUCUGUGUGAUCUGAGUUUCUUUCUCUGUCUCCAUCAGAAAUGUUCAAAGCUCUGGAAAAAGAAGACUCUGGGAAGAUUGAGCUGGAUCUGCAGCAGGUGUGUGUGAGACUACAACAAGCUCCGGGUUUGUCUGCACUUCUGCUUUGCACAGAUAAUUAAAAAAUGUUUUCUUCCUCUUGCAGUGGCUGUGCUUGGCCAUCAUCUAA